AAUAUUAAAUUCAUAAUGACUGUGCAAACAGAAAUAAUGGGCUAUUCAUCCUGUUGGAAUAUACAUAUUAUGGAUAAACUUUUAAUGACAAAUGAUAGCACCCAUUAUUUUCAGGCAGGGGCUACUUCAAAAGUGUUUAAUAGAGGAAGGUAUUAGAACAUAUUUCUGUCUAUCUCUCUCUUUCUCUAUUUAUCUGUCACACACACACACACACAUGCGUCGCUAUAAAAAGACCUUCACGAAACAAAAACAGAUUCAUUAAACUUCCACUGGACACACAAAAAGAAACAUCCAUUUGUCACAGACAGACUGAACAGACAGCUAGCUAUUCGUUUGCUCUCGUGUUUAUUUAGGUCCCUCCCAGAAGAAAUCUGCGUCUUACCUGCCAACUGCUUGAACAAAAUUGCUUAUUAUUCUUCAACGUCAUCGCGCAUCAGUCAUAUUUAAUUAUUUAUUUAACUGUUCAUCUCCACGUGCCCCAUAAAAGACUGUGUGAGGAGGAAGGCUGGAGAACGGUGAUAUGUGAAUGGCAGAAGGACGUGUGAAGUGUGUGCAGCAGUACACUGUAACGACUCCACAACAGUUUGGCUGUGGCUGUGCCGACAUGACAACUUUUGAUUUUUCCGACGUGGAGGCAUUUUUGGAUUGCCAUCCGGAGCUUUUCGAGGAAUAUCUCGCCAGGAAGGGAAAAUGUGACACCCUGAGCAGGUGGCUCAAAGAGCAUCAGCCGUCCAAAACCUCUCCGGCGGAGGAGAAACGCGGGGUCGCGAGGGAUCCCUUCUGGCCCACGAACCCCGACGGACUGAAGCGCAGAUCGUCCCACAUGGAGCUCCGCAGGAACUUCGCCCGCUCCAAAGCGAUGACUGCGCACCGGACCUACGACGAGCACGUCAGUCUCACGGCGCACGAGUCCCAGUCGAGUAUGCGACGGCGCGCGCUGCUGCGGAAAGCCAGUUCGUUACCGCCGACCACGGCGCACAUCUUGAGCGCGCUGCUCGAGUCCCGGGUGAACGUGCCUCAGUAUGCAUCCAGCGCCAUUGACUACAAAUACAGACUCAAAGAGUCCAACGAGAGGGAGUUCUUCCUCGAGCUGGUUAAGGACAUUUCUAACGAACUUGACAUGACGAACCUCAGCUACAAGAUUCUUAUCAAUGUGUGCAUCAUGGUGAACGCAGACAGGUGUUCGCUUUUCCUAGUGGAGGGACCGUCUCAUAAGAGGACGCUGGUGUCCAAGUUUUUUGAUGUGCACUCGGGUACGACUGUGCGACCCUCUUCAAGCACUCUGGACUCAAACGAGGUGCAGGUUCCGUGGGGAAAAGGCAUCAUAGGUUAUGUAGCAGAACACGGAGAAACCGUCAACAUCCCGAACGCUUACGAGGACCAUCGGUUCAGUGAUGAAAUCGACAAGCUGACGGGCUAUAAGACUCAGUCCAUUCUGUGCAUGGCCAUCCGCAACAGUGUUGGUGAAGUCAUCGGUGUGGUGCAGGCCAUCAACAAGAACCCCAACGGAACUCCAUUCACAGAGGACGAUGAGAAGGUGCUUCAAAUGUAUCUACCGUUCUGUGGAAUAUCGAUCUCCAACGCCAAACUCUUCUCUGAAUCCCGCAAGGAGUAUGAGAGGAGCAGGGCCCUGCUGGAGGUGGUGAAUGAUCUGUUUGAGGAGCAGACGGACCUGGAGAAGAUUGUGAGAAAGAUCAUGCAGCGUGCGCUGACAUUGCUGCAGUGUGAGCGCUGCUCGGUGCUUCUGCUAGAAGACAUCCACUCUCCUGUAGUAAAGUUCUCCCAGACAUUUGAGCUCAUGUCUCCACUAUGCAGCGCUGAUCAUGACAUCAGCAUGGAGAAGGUGUCUUGCUCGGACUGGCUCAUCAAUAACAGCAUUGCUGAGUUGGUAGCAUCAACCGGGCUGCCUGUUAACAUCAGUGACGUCUGUCAGGAUCCCCGCUUUGAUGCUGAGGCGGACCAAGCUUCUGGUUUUCAUAUCAGAUCAGUUUUAUGCGUCCCCAUCUGGAAUCGGACACAUCAGAUUAUUGGCGUUGCCCAGAUUCUGAAUCGCUUGGACAGGAAGACAUUUAAUGAUGCAGAUCAAAGGUUAUUUGAGGCUUUUGUUAUUUUCUGUGGUCUGGGCAUUAACAACACAAUGAUGUAUAACCAGGUUAAAAAGACUUGGGCCAAGCAGUCUGUGGCUCUAGAUAUGCUGUCUUAUCAUGCUACAUGCUCCAAGGCAGAGGUUGAUCGACUGAAGGCUGCUAAGAUUCCCCUAAGCAGUGAGCUCGGGAUCGAUGAGUUCCACUUUAAUGACUUUUCUCUGGACAACGACGCCAUGAUCACUGCCUCCCUGCGGAUGUUUUUGGAGCUCGGUGUCAUGCAGAAAUUCAAAAUUGAUUAUGAGGUGCUGUGCCGCUGGCUGCUUACCGUGAGGAAGAACUACCGCACCGUAGCCUAUCACAACUGGAGGCAUGCCUUCAACGUCUCGCAGUGCAUGUUUGUUAUGAUCACCACUGCUGCGUUCCAGGAGGUGCUGACAGACACCGAGACUCUUGCGCUUAUGGUUGGGUGUUUCUGCCAUGACCUGGACCAUCGUGGCACAAACAACGCCUUUCAGGCAAAGUCUGGGUCAGCACUAGCGCUGCUGUACGGAACGUCUGCCACACUUGAGCAUCAUCAUUUCAACCACGCCGUCAUGAUCCUGCAGAGUGAGGGUCACAACAUUUUUGCUAAUCUGUCCUCCAAAGAGUACAGCGACAUGAUGCAGCUACUGAAACAGGCCAUUCUGUCCACAGAUCUCACCUUGUACUUCAAAAGAAGAACCAAGUUCUUUGAGUGUGUUUUGUCAGGACAGUUCAGUUGGAGUAAUGAAGAACAUAGAGACAUGUUCAGGUCUAUGCUGAUGACUGCGUGUGACUUGGGUGCAGUGACUCGUCCGUGGGAGAUCUCAAAACAGGUGGCUGAACUGGUGACCAGUGAAUUCUUUGAACAAGGUGACAGGGAAAGAUCAGAGCUGAAGUUGACACCGGCUGCCAUUUUUGAUCGUAAUCGUAAAGAUGAGCUUCCUGUGCUUCAGUUAGAAUGGAUUGAUGGAAUUUGCAAGCCAUUAUAUAAGGCUCUUGUGAAGUUGAAUAGGAAGCUUCAGCCGAUGGUAGAUGGAAUUGAUGCCAACCGAAAGAAGUGGGAGGAGCUUUGUCGGUCCUAUCAGCAAACACGGAGAGCCUCCGAGUGCAUCUCCAGUCUGGAGGCAGGAGAGACAGAAUCGCCUCAGAGUUCAGACUCCACCCAUGAGCCAGAAUCUAGUCAGAGUGAGGUGACCAAUCAGAGCGAAGACUCCACCCACUGUGUGGAGCCAAAUCAAGCCACGGUAGCCAAUUACAAAUAAGAGGCGUGAUGUGGCGAUUAGAGGACGGCCCACUCAGUCAGGGGUUCCUAAACUACUUUUUCCUAAACCUCUUAUACGCUGAGAUUUUAAGUGAAUAUUUUAAUAUUCUAACAACAGAUUUGCAUAUUCACAAUUAUCUGAUGUUGGUUAAUGGUCAAAUGACUUUAACAAAACAAAAACAAAACAACGUUAACAAAAAAGAUAAAAUAUUUAACCUUUUUUCAAUAAACGUUUUAUUUUAAAAUUAUUUAUAUACAGGGGCUGCGCAACUUGUCCAAAAAAUAUUAUAUUGCAUAUUAUACUGCAUUAAUUUGUCAUCUAUGACAAUUUUAAGGGUGAUAUCUCAUAUGAAAAUAUCUUAUAUUGCUGCUGAUGAAACCAUCUAAGACCUCUUUCAGGGUCUUUAUUAUUACUAUUAUUUUUAUUAUUAUAUGUGUUAACACAAAUUACAAAAAUGAAGUCAUAAAUGACUGAUAAUUAUAAAAAUCAUUUUAUUUCAAUUUUACAAGUCUUAAUUAAAUUGCAGCCUUGGAUAAUCCCACUAAGAUAUAUCAUGAUUUCUAUUUAAUUUUGAAGAAGUAUGCAGCCCCAUUUAUUUAUUUAUUUAUUUAUUUUAAUUUUAGAUUUGAUUUAAUUAAUUAUUAGCUUCAACUCAUGAACCCCCAGGGUUUGUAAAACCCACAUUUGAGAAACCCUGCACCGAGAAAUGACGACUGACAGCAUUCCUAUGUUUAUAUCUGAAAAAAAAAAAAAAAAUGUGUUGCUAACCAAACUUUUUAUGUGGGCUGCUUUGAGAUUGACAGUAUUUCUAUUGAAAUUACUUCAAGCAUUUACAGCACAAUUUAAAAGCAUUAUAAAAUGACUAUCACUGGUUUUAAAAACAAAAUAUUUAUUAAGAACCCAUAUUUUUGAGAUUUUAUCUCUGAUAUAAAAAAUAUAUGUAUAUAAUGUAAUAUGUGAAUACGUGCAGGAAGUUCAGGUGCACAAAUAUUGAAUGUGAGAAACAGCAGUAAAGUGUUUCAAAAGCUCAGAUGUUGUUCAGUGAGUCUGUGCUGCUAUAUUGCAAGUUACAAGUUUGCUUUCACAAAGCCUGGCAUUACAUAAAUAUAAAACAGAGUUGCUGACAGGAUUCCUAUGCUUCAGAUGCGGAAACUGAGCACUGAUUUGAUGAAUGUAUAAAUUGAUAUCACUGUGAUCACUGUUAUAACUGCUGGUUGUGCUAUAAUUUUAUAUUGAACAUUAUACAUACGCAUUGUUUAAUGUUUAUGUAUGAAUCUGUGGUCUCUUGUACCUGUCAAUCAGGUCCUCGUAAAACUGUAUAGGCCACAUUUUUACACAAGAUCGCAUAUCAACUGUUCGAGUGUCAAACAGAAGAUUAUCCAGAACGAAUGUGAAGUCAUCUGUCUUAAACCAGCUUUUAGGGAUUCGUCCUUGAUAGCUGAUUCCUAAGAUGAACCAAAGUCAAUUCUCACAAUACUAAAAAUCUGAAGUUGUUGCAUGCAAAACUGAAACAUGUUGUUGGCAUGUGAGUUUUAGUGUUACAUGUUACAAUUUAGUAUGUGAACUUUGUGUUUUUGAAAGCAUUACAAAUGCCAUGAAAUGCAUGCUGCAGAGCUUUGACAACAGCAGCUUUCUGCUUUAAACGGGAGUUAAACUCUCAGGUUGUGUUGCAGUCGUGUUAUUUAUGUCAGGCUGUCUGCCUUAUUUAAAUGAAAUGUAAUUAUUUUUGCAUUUAUUAUGAAUUCACAUUUUGAAAAGAAAAGAAAACCAUUUAUAUUCAUACACUAAAAAAGAAGGCCACAAAUAGCUUUAUAUUUUAUUAGCUGAUAUAAAAUCCUCAUAUAUCCAUGGAAGCUUGUUUCCAACCACAUAAAAAAGGUAACACUUUAUUUUUAUUUUUUUUACAUGUUACAUGUACUUACUAUUAUAAUAACAGUUAAUUAUGGAUAAUUACAUGCAAGUAACCCUAAU